UUAUUGUUUGCAUGAGAUUCUUAAAUUAAAGGUUUGGACUGCAAGUGUUGUAUUGUAUACGUUGUAUGUCGUUUUAGUUACGGAACAAUUAACAUACGUGGUUGUAUAGUUCUGUAUGUAUUUUUGUUUUAUUUCUAGCUUACAUGUUGCGAUAUGUUCUUGAGACCUACCUGUUACGAUAAAAUUAGUUGUUAUUUGUUAAUAGAUUUCGUACACCUCUUCGACUCAACGUCACGUGUGAAUGAGAAGGGAUCGUGUUUUUCAUGGGAAGACAAGGCAUAAGAAUUGUUAUCGGCGUUGUCACUAUCUGACGUGAUUGUGAUCAAGAAUAAAUGUGGUUGGAAUGCAUCCUGGACCGAUUCAAGUGCCUGUCUUCGUAUAUCCAACACCAAUCAUAUUUUAUCUUGAAGAGCAAGCGUCACACAAACAAGUAUUAACUUUAUACAAUCCUUACGAAUUUCCAAUUAGAUUCAGAGUGUUGUGCACUGCUCCAAACAAGUACACAGUUGUAGAUCCUGAGGGUUCUAUUAGACCUCGCUGUUGUAUUGAUAUCGUCGUUAGACAUAAUGCAGUUACAUUGGCGAAUUGCAACAUCACAGAUAAAUUUAGGAUACAGAUGCAAAAUCAUACAACUAAACAGCUGAUGGGUAAACAGGACAUUCCAGCAACAUUGCUUCCAGGAAAAUCAAGUGGUGGCCCAUCAGACUCUUCAGAAGAAUUUCUUAGACUUCCAUCAGCACCUAGCACUGUGCAGCAGCAAUUUGGUUUGAUACGAGACCCUAGACCAGUUGGAGGCAGAUACCAAACACCAAACUAUGUGGUGGUUGUAGCGGCCAUUAUUUGUAUUGGUGCGUUGCUAUUGCCAACUCAGGGUGAUGAAGACUCAAGGUUUCCCGAAUAUCUUCAUCUUACUUCUAAUCUGAAGCUAAUAUUUGCAUAUGUUUUAGGUAUGGUGACAGUGGUUGUCUUGAAGCCAGGCUAAACAGAAAAUGAUUCUCUGUGCACAUUCAAUGAGUGCAGUCGGUAACGAUAUAAAUACUGCUGAUUGAAAAAGAAGAGAGAAUUGUAAUGGCUUGAUAUGAUGCCAAUUUUAUCGUUUAGUGUAUUUCCAUUUGCUUUUAAAAUGAGUACCUGAAAAAAGUUUUUCAAGAAACAUUUUUGAGCACAUGUCCAUUUAUUGAGUUUCUAGUGUGUUUUGUAUUGAUGGCUCCAAAAAUACCUGAACACUGUGAAGUACUCUAGUAUAACCAUUUUUGCAAGGGGAAAAAACUUUAUUUUUCCUGUUGUGCUUCUACUUUCAUUAUGUUUGUGUCGUGUAACUCUUUGCCUCAAUCCUCACCUUAAAAUGAACGUAAGCAACUUUGCUUUUGAGGAAAAAAGUCCAGUGUUUGCAUUGUAUAACUUAGAUAAGGAGGUAUGUAUAUGCCUCUUUCUUGUAUUUUACAUGGUUAAUGUUCCUCUUUUAUAUAUAUAUAUUUUUGUCCUUUGCAAUUGGUUUGCUUGUUGACUUCUUCUGGAAGCACAGUGAUGCUAUGAAUUCUGAUAACAUUACAGUAUUUGUUGGAACCAUAAUUGUAUUUAUCAUGCCUGGACUUCACUAUUUUAUAAUAUAAUACUAGCAUGUAUGUAAGGUGAUGCUGGUGCUGUUGUUAUAUACAGCAUUCCAUAAUUUAUAUUCUGUCUGUGAUUGACUGUCUUGUCAUACCUGUUUUAUAUUCAGAUGCAUGUUUAAAAAUCCCAUUUUUUUGUGUAAAAAAUAUAUGAAUUUUUGUAAGAAAUUGAAAUGUAAAAACAAUAUUGGAGAAGAGAUACAUAAAGUUAAGCUAAGUAAGCUACGUUUUUUAUCAGAGGAAGUAUAAUAAUCUUGCCUCAAAAUUUAAUUUUAACAGUCAUUGUCCUUCCUGUGACAAUCACUAUGCACAAACUACAGAGCCGGGGGGCUUCUGCAAAGUUACCAUUUGUGUAGCAAAAUACACAUGAAUUACUCAGUGUGCACUUUUGUAACUUAUAAGGAGAUGCCAUAAACUACAGAAAUUAGGUUGGAAUUCAUUUUAUUUUCUUGUGUUACAGAAGACUCCCCCUUGUGUUUCCUGUUUGUUUUAUUUAUUGUCAUUCCCCUCCCCCUCCCUCUCCCUAUAUUAAUUAUCUACAAAUAAAACUUAUUUCGAUGCAUUAAAGUGUGGAUUCUGUUCUCUCUCCCAUCAUAUCCAUCAGUUGUCAGUAUUCAUUUUUCUGCGCUUUAUGCAUGGCUCUGUGUUUCAUUUCCUACUCCCUUUCUUUCAUUUUUUCCAAUCAGAUAUCUCAUUAGUCAUACUUUCCGUAAUCUUAAAAAUUAGAUCUCACUCUUGAAUGCAUUUUUUAAGACACUGUAAACAUGCAACGUACACUUGAAUGCUUUGAACAUCUGGUUAAUAAUUUAACUAGUGUGUCUGUACAGGGGUUAGGGUAUAUUUUGGGUUCAAAUACCCAGUCUGCUUUCCAGAUUUAGGUUGUCCACAAUUUCAUAAGUAAGUGAAUGUCAAGGCAUUUCCUUUAAAAAGGCAACAGCCAGUCCUUACACUUACAUUGUCAUUGAAUAGGCAUUAAGCCUAAUUUUACUUAUUUUUUCCUUCAUUAAUAAUCAAUUUUUCAUAGAGGUAUUAUGUUCCCUACAAGAGUAAGACAAGAGGAAAGGAAAGCACAUGUGUAUGGGUAAAUAAUAAGUGAGGCACACAUGCUUAUAACAGAUCAAGAAAUUUCUUGCAUUCUUUAUCAUUAUGUCGGUCUGUGAGCCAUUGCCCCAUCUUUGGGGUGAGUAGCAAUCUGUCCAUGUUGUUUAUCCUUCCUGGACUUUCCAUUGUUUACAUUCUCUUUUCAGUAGUUUAUAUGUUCUCUCAGAUCCUCCCUUUUUACUGAUAACUAUAUCAGUAAAACCGCAUCACUUGUAACACUGGAUUGCGCAGGUCACCACUCUGCCAUUAUGAGACUGGACAAAUGACCAAAUGAGAAUGUAUGUUGCUAGUAAGUGUCUGUACAGAUCCACUCAUCUUCUGAUGCCAGAACUAGGCAUAUGAAAACUUGACAUCCUUAGUCAUCUUACAUAAUACUUUAUUUUCUACUUAUGUAAUAGAUUCAAUAGUCAUUUCAGUGCUCUGUCUCCAAAGAGUAUCCAAACUGUAAUGUACACAUUAACCAGUUUUGAAUAAGAGGACUUCAUCAGAUCUAGAAAAUAAUAUUUCCAACCAAAGUGCAUUUCAUCUAAAGUUUGAAAUAAUAACGCAAGAGUUUGAUGAAUUAUUAAUCAUCAUUUGACAGGCAUACAGAAAAUAUAAUUUUUCUUUCUGUGCACCCCAAGUUGUUAUUCAGUGUGUGGCACAUUGCCUUCAAUAUUUUUUGUCUGGUUGUAGCUCUUCAUGGGAGAGUUACAUGUGCUCUUUGGUACUGAAGCUUCUAUUAAUAUUAGAUCCAUCCUAAAUUUGUUAUGGAAUUAUGUUAGAAGAACUAAAAGUGUUAUCCAGUUUCUUUCUUUUUAACUCUAGGCAGGAUGUUAGUAAUGACUGUGCCAUUUCUUUUCUUUUGUGUUCACAUCUUGAGCAUCUUGCCACUCAGAUUGGGAAAUUCUCAGCAAAAUUUUUAUUUAUUCAUGUAACAGGCAUUAAAAUUUUAGAAAGCAAAACUUAUAAGUAUUAAUAAAAUAUGGAGGUAUAAUCUUUCGCAUAUCAAAGACUAGUGAAGGAACAGUACUCAUCAAAACAAUGUAUGAGACUAAAGAGGACUGCAGAGAGAAAAUGUAUUCUCUCUCUCUCUCUCUCUCUCUCUCUCUCUCUCUCUCUCUCUCU